AUGGGAGGAAAACGGAACACCAGGAGGAAACAGGAGCACCUGGAGGAAACCGGAGCAACGGGAGGAAACUGGAGCACCUGGAGGAAACUGGAGCAACGGGAGGAAACCGGAGCACCUGGAGGAAACUGGAGCAACGGGAGGAAACUGGAGCACCUGGAGGAAACUGGAGCAACGGGAGGAAACCGGAGCACCUGGAGGAAACCGGACCAACGGGAGGAAACUGGAGCACCAGGAGGAAACUGGAGCACCAGGAGGAAACCGGAGCACCAGGAGGAAACCGGAGCAAUGGGAGGAAAACGGAACACCAGGAGGAAACCGGAGCACCUGGAGGAAACCGGAGCACCUGGAGGAAACCGGAGCACCUGGAGGAAACCGGAGCAACAGGAGGAAACCGGAGCAACGGGAGGAAACCGGAGCAACGGGAGGAAACCGGAGCACCGGGAGGAAACCGGAGCACCGGGAGGAAACCGGAGCACCUGGAGGAAACCGGAGCACCGGGAGGAAACCGGAGCACCGGGAGGAAACCGGAGCACCUGGAGGAAACUGGAGCACCUGGAGGAAACUGGAGCACCUGGAGGAAACCAAACCAAAGCACCAAGAGGAAACAUACACAGACACGGGGAGAACAUGCAAACUCUACACAUAAAGCUCUGGAGCGUCCCGGGGGAAGGGCCUCAGUCUGUGUCUCCUGUGGCAGCGUCCCGGGGGAAGGGCCUCAGUCUGUGUCUCCUGUGGCAGCGUCCCGGGGGAAGGGCCUCAGUCUGUGUCUCCUGUGGCAGCGUCCCGGGGGAAGGGCCUCAGUCUGUGUCUCCUGUGGCAGCGUCCCGGGGGAAGGGCCUCAGUCUGUGUCUCCUGUGGCAGCGUCCCGGGGGAAGGGCCUCAGUCUGUGUCUCCUGUGGCAGCGUCCGCGGGGGAAGGGCCUCAGUCUGUGUCUCCUGUGGCAGCGUCCCGGGGGAAGGGCCUCAGUCUGUGUCUCCUAUGGCAGCGUCCCGGGGGAAGGGCCUCAGUCUGUGUCUCCUGUGGCAGCGUCCCGGGGGAAGGGCCUCAGUCUGUGUCUCCUGUGGCAGCGUCCCGGGGGAAGGGCCUCAGUCUGUGUCUCCUGUGGCAGCGUCCCGGGGGAAGGGCCUCAGUCUGUGUCUCCUGUGGCAGCGUCCCGGGGGAAGGGCCUCAGUCUCUGUGUCUCCUGUGGCAGCGUCCCGGGGGAAGGGCCUCAGUCUGUGUCUCCUGUGGGCAGCGUCCCGGGGGAAGGGCCUCAGUCUGUGUCUCCUGUGGCAGCGUCCCGGGGGAAGGGCCUCAGUCUGUGUCUCCUAUGGCAGCGUCCCGGGGGAAGGGCCUCAGUCGGUGUCUCCUGUGGCAGCGUCCCGGGGGAAGGGCCUCAGUCGGUGUCUCCUGUGGCAGCGUCCCGGGGGAAGGGCCUCAGUCUGUGUCUCCUGUGCCAGCGUCCCGGGGGAAGGGCCUCUCAGUCUGUGUCUCCUGUGGCAGCGUCCCGGGGGAAGGGCCUCAGUCUGUGUCUCCUGUGGCAGCGUCCCGGGGGAAGGGCCUCAGUCUGUGUCUCCUGUGGCAGCGUCCCGGGGGAAGGGCCUCAGUCUGUGUCUCCUGUGGCAGCGUCCCGGGGGAAGGGCCUCAGUCAGUGGGCAGCGUCCGGGGAAGGCUCAGUCUGUGUCUCCUGUGGCAGCGUCCCGGGGGAAGGGCCUCAGUCUGUGUCUCCUGUGGCAGCGUCCCGGGGAAGGGCCUCAGUCUGUGUCUCCUGUGGCAGCGUCCCGGGGGAAGGGCCUCAGUCUGUGUCUCCUGUGGCAGCGUCCCGGGGGAAGGGCCUCAGUCUGUGUCUCCUGUGGCAGCGUCCCGGGGGAAGGGCCUCAGUCUGUGUCUCCUGUGGCAGCGUCCCGGGGGAAGGGCCUCAGUCUGUGUCUCCUGUGUGGCAGCGUCCCGGGGGAAGGGCCUCAGUCUGUGCCACGGCUCUGCUCCGUCUCGUCCAAAACACAAAUCCUCUGCCACUUUCCGAGCCUCAUAAAUCAUACAGACAUCUGUCAAUCGGGGAAAUCGUGUUUGGAAAUCCACACUGGCAAAGUUAUCAUUGUCAUCACACAUUAA